AAAAUUCCUCCGUUCAAUGUAAUGAGUUGAGAAUAUAUUCAGACUUGCAGAGGAAUCGAUUAGAGAAAUCUGGUAUUUACAGUAGCAUAUGGCAAAUAGAAAUAAAAACCAUGGAAACCUGUACAUUUUACUUCAUAUAUCCAACAGAUUUACAUAAUGGCACUCCAACAUCGGCGCUCAGAUUUGUCGACUAUGGUGGACUCGUCUGAAACUUUCCAGAAACCUUCAGAAAUACUGGAGGAAACAGAAGAGUAUCACCUUACUAGAGAGUUCCAGGGGGUCGACAUCAUCAGAUCAGACACACCCGAGACUCUACUUCCAGAACUGUCCAUAACUCCGGACAUUUCUAUUGUUUGUGAGAAAUGUAAGGAGCAUAUUGACCUACCAUCGCUGAAGGACCACAGAAUUUACCACAACAACCUAUCCAUCCUCAAAUACAAUGGAAGUGCCAAACCUCCGACUACAGAUGCCUUGCUGCGCCGUAGAAACGCAAUUUUAAGAAAACUGAAAUCUGCAGCAACCGCUGAUAAACCCCUGGAUCCAAAAUCGAUACAAAGAGUAAACGAUGCCUACGAAUAUCUGAAGUCAGAAAUUGAUGGAAGUUUCGGAGAAUUUCGUCACAUUGAUGAAGAAGUGAGCACAGCAGUUAAGGGUGUGGCCUUAAAUUGCACACCUGCAUGCGUGACAGCCAUUGGUAUCUGUUCCACUAGAAAUGAACGAUGGAAGAGUUACAUGGAGGAUGCCCAUGUGUACCAGGACUUUUUUGGAGAGGAUCGUAACAAAUGUUAUCUGGCAUUAUUUGAUGGCCAUCAUGGACGCUUUGCUGCGGAAAUCGCGGCUGCUGAACUCCAUCAUCUGCUUCUGUAUGAAAUGGCGAAGUUUGACCCCAGGACCAAGUCUAUGCCACGUAAUAUUGGUGAAAACCAAGACAUGUUUCAGUAUCAGUUUGAACGACCGAGCACGAAGGAGAGUGAGCGAGUUAUACUACACGAGGAAAGUGUCAAUAUUGUACAGCAAAUCAUCAAUUUAUGCGAGGACAAAUACGAUGAAAUCAUUAAAGACAAAUCCUUGUCAUUAGAUAUGAAGGAGAAAGCACACAGCGAGGAAACUCCGAAGUCAGACGACGAAAAAAAUACAAAGACAGACAUCACUGAAAAAACACCCCGUAAGAAAAAGAAAGAAAAGUCAGCAUUUACGUCAAAGAUGGAGGAUGCUCUGAAGAAGACCUACUACCUUAUUGAUAUCUUGCUGUCCUAUGGAAAAGAUGAGUGUUCCCGUGUUCGCUGGAGUGGAAGUUCCGCACUAACUUUAGUCAUCCAUAACACGGACAAUUCCAGUGUCAUCGACCGAGCCAUCUCGCCAGUUCCAGAAGAGGAGGAGGAGGUGAAGAGCGGGGAGACUGAUGAUGAUGCAGGGAAAGAGGAUAAGAAGGAGAGUGGGGGGUUGGAUCCGCCCAGGGAACUAGGAAUGAUAUACCUGGCCAAUGCUGGUAAUGUGCGAGCUGUCUUAGUGAGAGGCAACAAGCCUUACACACUGACAAAGGACCACUCACCAAAUAAUCUAAAGGAAAAGGAACGCAUCGUCAAAGCUGGGGGCGAUAUAAGUGAGAGCACAAAGGAGAUGAGGGUCAACGGAGUGCUGGCUGCCACCCGGGGUUUUGGUAACCAUGGCGAUGUGAAAUUGAAACGCUGUGUGUUAGUAGAUCCCCAUACAAUCACAGUUCCAGUGGAUCAGUACGCUCAGUUCCUCAUCCUCGCCUCGCAUGGUGUAUGGGAGGUGUUCACUGAACAGGAGGCAGCAUCCCUCCUCUUAAAGUUGUUGCCAAGCAACUUCAUCCCUGCUCCCAGCACUGUCAGCUCUUCAAUCGAACCGUUGUUGGAGCCCACCACUUCUAAAUGUCAGAACAUUACGGGUCCUAGUCAGAGGCGAGUUUCCUUCUCCCAGGCAGAAAGAAACUCAACCCCCUCAGAGAGGUCAAAACAGGAACAGGAGGAAGAGGAGCUCAAGGUCGAAGUUGAGGUAAAUGUUGAACCACAGACCCCGUUUGAGGAUGAGCCACAACUUAUAGCACCAAAACGAGAAAAAUUGAAAAGUGCUGGAUCUGUGAUUUCAGAAAAAUCGGAAAAUUCUGAUCAGACUCAUAAAUCGAAAAAAUCUGGAAAGUCACCAAGAUCCAUGUCUGCGAAAUCUGUCCGGUCUGUGAAAUCUGAUAAGGACGGCAAGAGUAAGCUUAUCUAUUAUGAGGACGACAUGUUGCCAGAAAUUGGAAGUCAUGUGAUGCAUUCCGACGAUGAAGACUCUGGAAAUGAUGCAGACAUUGAAACAGUGACAGACAUUUUAUCUAUCCCAGCAUUCUCUAGACUAUCAAACUAUGGUCGUACCUUGAGCAGGGAACACAUCCAGAGGGAAUUCGCCAAAACUAUGGCAGAACACCUAAUACAGGCAGCUCUGCUAGCUGGUGCCAAAGAUAACAUCACUGUUACAGUCGUGCUGUUGGCAGGAUGUGGAUUGUAAAGGGAGACAACUCUUUUGUCAAAGCAAUACUUCUGGUAUUAUGUGUUUGUUGCCUGGGCUUAAAUGUAUAAUAGAUAUUUAUCAAUAUCGACCUUUGGUGAGGUCAAUAUAUGGUGAAAUACCAACCUGGUAGAAUCAAAUAUCAAAUAUGAGUUCAAUAUCUUAGAUUCUACCAGGUUGGUAAAACAACUUGUAAACCGAAUCAAAGGUCAUUGAUUGUUAUAUUAGAUAUGAACAUUGAUUGCAGAAUGGUGGACUUGCAUUAUAUUUAUUUUGAUAACAGGAAAUUUACAUUCAGGCAUUGUGAUGUCACAAUGAUUAUAAUGUUAAAAACACAAUAUUGACUCAGUGUUACUGAAAAUAGAAAUAUCAGGUUAAUAUCAUAAAAUUUUGACUUCCACAUGACCAUGUUUUAGCCAAUGAGAAUUGAGGAAAUUUGGACCAUAUCUAAUAUGAUGCAAUAUGGACUUGAUAGGAAACAAACUGCUGUGCACACCACCUAUUGUAAUAUUUCAAAGUGGCAAAGAGACAUGGCCAUACUCACUACCAGUCAAACCUGUCUAUGAAGGACACCAAAGGGGCAGAUAAAAAGUGUCCUUAACAGACAGGUGUCCUUUAUACAGAGGUUAAUUAUAAAGAAAAUUAGAAGGAAUGGGUCUGAUGAGUCUAUCCUUUAUAGACAAGUUUCCUGUAUAUAGAGGUGUCCCUUACAACAGGUUUAACUGUAUAAUAUUACUGAUAAUAUCAUAGCCAGCUGGUUUGUGUAGGAGAUUUUAACUUCUUACAAUAUUACAAAUGGCUGUAUUCUGCCAGAAAUUUAACUUUUAAAUAAAAAUUUGUUAAAAAUAUACAUGUAUGUAAAAAUCUAAAUCAGAUUUACAAUGCGAUUCUGCAAGUAAAUCCCCAUCUACAUGAAUGCGGUUUUCAGCCAUCAGAAUUGCAGUCAUGCAGUGGUUAACAUUUUUUGAAGAGUUUGAUAAAUCUUUGCAGGAUCAAUUCUUACAGGCUUCUUAUGAGGUGUUUUUGGUUACAGUUGUGUAGUCCAAAUAAUUCUGACGGGGUUUUUUUUCGUUUUUUUUUUUUUUUUUUUUUUCGACAUUUUUAUGUUAGGGUCAAUUGCACAGUUGGUUAGCUUGAUCAUUAUCGUUACAUUAUUGGUAAUUUAUUUAUUAAAGUUGCAUAUUAUUGAUAUUUCUUGUAUCAAUGCUAUAAGUUUACUAUUCAGUAUUUAACUACAAGUCAAGCUAUGAUAAAGCUUGACUGCAGUGCCAAAGUCCAGAAAGUUUUCAAAUUAACAAAUCAAUUACAUCAAGGGGAAUAACUCUUCUUAAUCGAUACAUUUCAAAAGUAGAAUUAUGUUAUUAAAUAAUAUCUAUGAAUUAAAUGGCAUUAGCAGUCAUUUAAUUACUGUAUAUUUUACUACAAUACUGUAUAUAUUUAUAUAUAUCAAUAAAUCAAGUUAUUCUUGUGCAUAAUUCUUUUGGAUUAUUCUGCUUAUGAUAAUUGGUCAUAUAAACAGGCUAAAUUGUGGGAUAGUUAUAGAGGUUUUUAACUGUACAUUCUUUGUUUUCUUUAUAAAUGGAAUUUCUUUUUUUUUCCUUUUUAUAUUUGGAAAUUAAUAGAUUAAAGGUGUUGCAUAAGAAUUUAUUUCAAGGAUUGCUGAGAUUUGGAUUGACAUGAGUGCCUUCAAUGUUGAUUGGCUGUUUUACAAUGUCCUGCCUUAUUACCAUAUAGUGUUUUCAGUUGUUAUUAAUCAGUCUGAUUAAAAUCAGACUAAUAAGUGUAUUGUAGAGUAUAUUAUUACAUGUAUCAGUCUAGACCUGUAUCCAUGGAACCAUCCUUACACAUAAACUUGAAAUCUCAGGGUUCGCACCAUGAUACACAGAAAAGAAAAAAAAAAAAAAAAAAAAAUCUACUAUCUGAAAA